AGAAAAUAUAUACACAGCAAAAGCUUAAAAAACCCACACAUCCGUAUACGAAGACCACCUUCGUUCUCACUCACUCUCAAUUAGGCUUUGUGGUUCUCUGUUUCUCGCGCUCUUCGAUUCUUCAUCUACUUUGCUUCUCGUUGAUCAAUCAACCACUGCAACCAUGAGUGACGAAGGUGAGAAGACUUGUCCACUUUGUGCUGAAGAGAUGGAUCUAACAGAUCAGCAGCUGAGGCCUUGCAAAUGUGGUUAUGAGAUUUGUGUUUGGUGCUGGCAUCACAUAAUUGAUAUGGCUGAGAAGGAUAACACAGAAGGGAGGUGCCCAGCAUGUAGGACUCCUUAUAACAAGGAAAAGAUUGUGGGAACAGCAUCAAAGUGUGAAAGAUUGGUUACUGGAAUGAGUGUGGAGAAGAAACAGAAGUCACAAAAGGGGAAAACUAAAACAUCCGAAGGAAGAAAGCAGCUUGGUAGUGUCAGGGUUGUUCAACGUAACCUUGUUUACAUCGUAGGACUACCUCUUAAUUUAGCAGAUGAAGAUCUUCUGCAGCAGAAAGAAUAUUUUGGUCAGUAUGGGAAGGUAUUAAAAGUGUCUAUAUCUCGGACAGCAGCUGGUGCUAUUCAACAAUUUGCUAACAGUACUUGUAGUGUAUAUAUUACUUACUCCAAGGAGGAAGAAGCAAUUCGUAGCAUACAAUCAGCACAUGGAUAUAUCUUGGAGGGUAGAACUUUGAGGGCAUGUUUUGGGACCACAAAGUACUGCCAUGCAUGGCUAAGGAACAUGCCUUGCACCAGUGCUGAUUGUCUAUACUUGCAUGAGUUUGGACCAGAAGAAGAUAGCUUCACUAAAGAUGAAAUAAUAACAGCAUAUACAAGGAAUAGAGUUCAGCAAAUUACUGGUGUUACAAAUGACAUGCAAAGGCGUUCUGGAAAUCUAUUACCACCACCUCCAGCUGAUGACUACUCUAAUAACAACACAGACACUACUUCUGCAUGGGAAAAACCUAUAAAUAAAACCACCACAACAACCAAUCAGAAUCCUGUAAAUGGUAUGAAAGUUCCCCUGCCAAAUAGUAGUUCAGGGAAAUCAACAGCUCUUCCUGCAGCAGCUUCAUGGGGAACACGUGCUUCAAAUAGGCAGCCAAGUUUCAAAGAGUUGGUAGAAGAAAAGGGUAGUCUGGGGAAUAAUCCAGUAUCUAUAAAAGAAGACGUGGAUAAAAACAUAUCCGAUAAAUUCUCAAAUCCUUCAGAUAUUUCCCGAAAUUAUUCAAAUCCUGUUCCAGAUGAAGAACGGAUUAUUAACAACUUAUCUUUUGAUAUGUCAUUGAGUAGCAUCAAUAACAAUCAAAGAUUACAAGCUUGUGAAUCAGAACCUUUGACCUCAAAUGAAGCAGAAAACACUACUGUUUUAGUAUCAGAUCUACAAAAGAAAGUAGCAAUUAGUGUAGCAGAAGUAGAUCAUAUGAUGUCUUUCAAUGAUGAGAGACUCAGAGAUACAGAAGUUAUACAUAAUCUUCCUCCUAUUUCUUCUCCCCCAAAUAAUCCCAUGGGUUGUUAUCCGCUACAUGCACGUGUAUCGGGUAACGGUGGUGUAGAUCCUCCAUCUUCCCAUCUUGCAAAUAAUAAUAAUAUACCAAUUACAGUUAAUGACUACUCAUCCACUGUAAUUGGUAAUUCUUCCAGUUCCAGGGAAUUAUCCAAUGGGCAUUCAUAUUUCCAUGGUAGUACAGAAGGGUGUAAAAGUGAAAUUGGGGCCUUGGAUUUAGGAGAAAGCAGUAUUAUAUCUAAUAUUUUAUCCAUGGAUUUUGACCCAUGGGACGAGUCAUUAACCUCACCUCGUUAUUUGGCUAAGUUUUUGGAUAAACAACCUGAAUCUCAUAGUCAUAGAGUUUUGAGCUCAAGAAACAGCAACCAGUCAAGAUUCUCAUUUGCAAGACAGGAUGAAGGAUCCGAUAAUGGAGAUUUUGGUUUUGAAUAUAAGAAUUCCAACUCUUGUGAUUUUGUCAACAAUAAUAGUAUUUAUAUUGACAAGAAGAAUAGUAAUUAUAAUAAUAAUAAUAAUAAUAAGGGCAGCAACGGUUUCUCUUCUUUUAGCUUUGAGGAAUCUGAAAAUUUUGCCACCAAUAACUUUCCCAUGUCUGAAAAUAAGAUUUCAGUUUCAAGAACACAGGUGUCUGUGUCUGCCCCUCCUCCUCCCCCUGGAUUUUCAGGAGUGAGCAUCAGCAGAGCACCACCUCCAGGGUUCACAUCUCAGGAGAGGAUGGAACAAAAACAAACCUUUGAUACCCCUACCCCUACCCUAUCACUGUCAGGGAAUCAUAUGUUACUGAGAAAUUCCCCUGUAAAUAUUGGUGGUGAUUUGGAGUUUAUGGAUCCUGCAAUCCUAGCAGUUGGUGGUAGAGUAAAUUCCAAUUCCCCACCUGGGCGUGGCUUUGGCUUAGACAUGAGAUCAAACUUUCCUUGUUUUAAUGAAAAUGAUGUGAGGCUUCAAGUUUUGAUGCAAAGAUCCUCCUUUUCUCAGCAAAACCCUAGAAGAUUGAGUGAAGCAGGACUAGAUUUCCCUCAGCAAAUUAAUUCUUAUGCUGCAAUUCCUUCAAGGAUGGUUGACAACAAUCAUCUUUCAUCUCAUUAUCAGACCAGGAGGUCAUUGAUCUCUUCUAAUAAUGGGCAUUGGAAUGAAGGUGGGAAUGGAAAUAAUGAUAUGAGACUGGGAUUGAACAAUGGAUAUUAUUAUUCAGCAGUAGGUCAUGAGGAUACAAAGUUUCACUUCCCAACUUCACCUGAUUUGUAUAACACAACAUUUGGAAUCUGAUUCAUUGGCUGGCUACCUGUUUCUGAGGUUGUUGGAAUGGAAUUAAUAGAAAUAACCCGGAAAUGGGAUUCAUUGAUGCAUCUGGUCAAGGAAGGAUCUAUCUAAACCUAGUAUCAAACAGGACAGCCUUCCAGAUACCACAAGGCAGAGCAAGUUAUGAGAUGGAGAAUCCUACUGUCCCCAGAACAUUCUCCAGUCAAGUCUCCAUGCCAUCUGUACUGAAUCGUUGAAGAUACUUUUUUUUUUUUCCAAAAUUAAAAAGUUGUAUCUGUUUUUCUUACAACUUAAGGUUUGAGCCAACUUUAAAAGUAAACAACACAAACUUCCAAAGCUUGAUUUUAUGGCUAUUUUUUCUUGUUUUAUAAGGACUUUUAUUUGAUAAUUUUAAUGCUUUAAUCAGUCAUUCUCCAA